GGUCCGCCUCACACCCAGUCGAAGGUUCGCUGACAGGAGUGCGAUGAUGGCGAGGGCUCUGCGGAGAACCAGCUUCCUCUCCGGCCAUGGUGGCGGGAGGGGGCUGUGGACAAGCCACCCGCAGUCAGGUAUGGACAAUGUAAAGCCAUUGGAUGGUGUAAAAAUUCUGGAUCUAACAAGAGUCCUGGCAGGACCCUUUGCUACUAUGAAUUUAGGAGAUCUUGGAGCAGAAGUCAUAAAAGUGGAAAGACCAGGAGCUGGUGAUGAUACACGAACUUGGGGGCCACCUUUUGUGAGGACAGAAAGUACAUAUUUUCUCAGUGUUAACCGAAAUAAAAAAAGUAUAGCUGUUAAUAUCAAGGAUCCCAAAGGAGUGAAAAUUAUCAAAGAGCUUGCAGCUGUUUGUGAUGUAUUUGUGGAAAAUUACGUCCCUGGAAAACUGUCUGCUAUGGGCCUGGGAUAUGAAGACAUAGAUAAGAUUGCUCCUCACAUUGUCUACUGUUCCAUCACAGGGUAUGGUCAGACAGGUCCAAUGUCUCGGCGUGCUGGUUAUGAUGCUGUUGCCUCUGCUGUCUCUGGUCUGAUGCACAUCACAGGGCCUGAGGAUGGCGAUCCAGUUCGCCCAGGAGUGGCUAUGACUGACCUUGCCACUGGCCUGUAUGCAUAUGGAGCCAUUAUGGCUGGAUUGAUACAAAGAUAUAAAACCGGAAAAGGACUGUUCAUUGAUUGUAACCUACUGUCAUCUCAGGUGGCAUGUUUGACCCAUGUAGCUGCUAAUUAUCUUAUUGGCCAAAAGGAAGCCAAACGUUGGGGCACAGCUCACGGCAGUAUUGUUCCUUACCAGGCCUUUAAAACCAAGGAUGGCUACCUUGUGGUUGGAGCAGGAAAUAACCAACAAUUUUCUACUGUGUGCAAGAUCUUGAAUUUGCCUGAGUUGACUGACGACUCCAAAUACAAAACUAACCACCUUCGGGUACAGAAUAGAAAAGAGCUUAUUAAAAUACUCUCUGCACGGUUUGAAGAAGAAACGACCAGCAAGUGGUUAUAUCUUUUUGAAGGCAGUGGGGUCCCAUAUGGCCCAAUCAACAACAUGAAGAAUGUAUUUGCAGAACCCCAGGUACUGCACAAUGGCCUCGUCAUGGAGAUGGAGCAUCCGACUGUGGGGGAGAUCUCAAUCCCAGGCCCAGCCGUGAGAUACAGUAAGUUCAAGAUGUCAGAGGCCAGUCCUCCUCCCCUGCUCGGGCAGCACACGAAGCAUGUGCUAAGGGAGGUCCUCGGCUACGAUGACAGGGCCAUUGAGGAGCUGCUCAGCACUGGCAUCGUGACCCAGCACGAAGCCAAGUGACACAGGAAAAAGCCCGAGUCUGUGAUGCCACUGACAAGAAGAGUCCGAGGAGCUCCAUCCACAUUUCCUGCCUGGCAUCUUCAGAAGGGCCUUAGUAUUAAUGAAUUUAGUGCCUUUUAAAUGUACUCUGCCUUUUAUUUCCUACUUUUUUUUUUCAGAUAAUGGUAUAAUAGUGGAUUUGUGGGAUCUUUUUUUAUAAAGACUUAAUUUUUUUCUUGGAAAAAUACACUUCUUACUCUAAUUACAUUAAUGGCCUAAAUAUCUACCCCCACUCUCCCAGCCCACACAGGCCUGAAAAAGAGCAGAUCUCUUGAAAUUUUCUACUUGGACAUAAAGUCUUCAUUUAAAUCUUUUCUAGGAAAUCAAAGCAAUAAGCAAGAUAACAGUCUCCAUGAUUGAUUUUAAACAGAAUAACUUAAUUUUGUGCUCACAAACCUUUUGUUAGCCUGUAAUUUAAACCAUGGAUGUUGCUGAUGCCCAUUAUAACACUGAGCUUCAUUCUCCCCUAUGGGGGUAAAUAUUUGCUUUAUGUCAUAGCUCUCUGAUGACUUUAUGAUACAUGGCAGAAAAUCAAUUUCCCCUCACAUACUUAGGGAUGUAGGUAUCUGUCUGGAUGCAGAGGUGAGAAGUGUUUCUUUAAGCAGAACAUGAUAUGAGCCAAAUGCAAAUGCAUUUAAUGAAUGCCACUGACUGUCCAAGUAUUAAAUAAUGUGUCAAUGAUGACAAAUAGAACAAAUACUGGAAAACAUUGCUUGUAGUCUGAGCAUUCAUGGUAGAAGACUAGAUCAUGCCUUAGUAUUAAGUAUUUCAAUUUGUCAGUGGAUUAGAAGUAUAGAAAAUAUCUUCUGUCCAGAGGUGAGAAGUGAGCAGUACAUAUGUUGCAGGAUAAAUUGUCACUCAAGUCUGCCAGGCCUAGGUGUAGACAGGGAAUCAGACAGUUCCAUGAUCAGUAUCUUCAGAUGACCUAAACUCAUGGCUAUUAAGCACACUUACUUUAAAGCAACGUCAAGACAUACCAAGUGGUAAUUGAAAGCUAGAUUAUAGAUGUUCACCUUUCAAACUGUGAUUUAGAAUGCAUUCUCUUUUUUCUUUUCUUUUCUCUUUUUUUUUUUUGCUUUUUAGAAUUGAAUCAUUUAUCCAUGUUGUAAAAUCCAGUAUGUUUCUAGAAUCAAGAUCCAAAUAAACAGGAAAUUUGUCUUCUCACAAGGUGGUCAUGGGAUUUUUCAGAAGA